AAAACAGAGAACAAGAAACCAGAAAGAAGAACAACCCUAGAGAGAUUUUCACCAAGAUGAGAAGGAAGAAGAUAAGCUCUAAAACCUCUAUCUUUCUCUCUAGAUCUUUCUGCUUGAUACUCACACUUCUUCUUACUCUUUUGUCUCACCCUGUGCUCUCCUUAUAUAACCGUUGAACGUCUUUCUUUACAGCUCACAUUCAACCUAAAGGAGCAACAAACUUUGGAGCACAGCUUCGUGUACGGAGACACGUCCACAAGGCGACAUAACACUAAGAGUAAUCCAGAACUUGCAACUGGGCCAUGAAUGAGAUAAGAAGCUUACCGGGCCUUUGCCUACCCACAAGGCCCAUUAGUCUCAUUCGAUGCCCAAAACAUUUGUUGGACUGAAUCGUCUCACAAAUCUCCACCUCGAUUCUUCCGACAAACCAAGAGAACCCUGUCCGAUCCUCUUCCUUGUUCCGAUCAUCCCGAUCGAAACCCUAGCUCACUCACGAGCUAGAACUAGUGCCUGUAAACAAAUAGAUCCCUCCUCCCAUCCUCAAAUUUCUUCACCGGUAGAGGUUUAGUAAGAAGGUCUGCUGGAUUGAUCUCUGUAUCGAUCUUUGACACAAUCACAUCCCCAUCUGCAAUCACAUCUCGGAUGAAAUGGUAUCGCACCUGAAUAUGUUUUGUCCUCUCAUGGAAGACACUGUUCUUCGCUAGGCAGAGAGCACUUUGAGAGUCGCUGAAGAUCUCAACACUCUCCUGCUUGAAUCCGAGCUCACAGGCCAGAACGCCAGCUAACGGUGUUUCCUCAAACUUGAAAGACAUAUCCAGUAAUGGAUCUUCUCCGAUACAGGUCAGUAGCAUAGUCACUGUCGCAGUAACCUACGAUAUCAAAUUUGUCCAGAUAACUGCUUCCCUUUAAAUAUCAGACAACAGUUUGAGCUUCCCUUUAAAUAUCUGAGCGACCAGAUAACUGCUUCCCAAUGUGUCUUGUUAGGGGAGCUCAUAAACCGACUCACAAGUCCCACAGCAUGAGCGAUGUCUGGUCUGGAGCCUACCAUCGCGUACAUGAUGCUUCCGACUGCGCUUGAAUAAGCAGUAAGCACUAAGCACAUAUCUCGAGCACACCAGUUACUGCUUCGGAGAAGUUGGAAGGAGUUGAAGAAGAAGAUCGAUGGAUUACGGAGACGACGAUCGUAGCACCUCAUGGAAUUGGCAAGAGAACUAUAAUCACCAACCACAGUCUCAUUUCUCAGAUGUGCCUGAUUGCACCAUGACUGAAGUCACAUUAAACCAAGAAGAUCACUCGUACAUGUUUGAUGAUGAAACCACUCCUGUGAAGGCGUGUAGCGACUUGGGUUAUCAUGUCACAACAGAUGACACCAACAGGAAACUGGAAGCGCAUAGUGAGACACGCUCUGCUUUGAAGAGGCGUCGGAUGUUACAAUUUGAAGACCAACCUGAAACAUCCCUUUUCAGCAGUGAGAGUUUCUCUGCAAUCUUGAAAUCAAGCGCUAGAGAUGAUACAUUUGAUGAGCUUUUACCCGAAGGGUCUCAGCUUAUAGAAGGGUUUUCAGAAGACGCCUCUGCCUCAAGCUUCGAGGGCCUUGAUCUGUAUGCUGAAGAGUGGUACGCUGAAUGCUUAAAUGAUGCUGAGACUCCAACCCUACCUGAUGGCUUAAACUUUGGUUCACCUGAUGUCCAAGUAGAUAUUUCAGAGUAUCUAAAUGUGCCACCAGAAACAGAAACCCGGGAAGUUCAGCGGCCUGUUACUCGUUCUUCUCCAAAUGUUAUCUUUAAAGCAGGUAGGAAAUCUUUUUCAAGGCCGGUUUCAAAGCUGCCAUCUUCUAUCAUCUAUCCAUUUGCAUUCAUCAAACCAUGUGGGGUUCAUGGUGGUAUGACUCUCAAGGACAUAAACCAGAAAAUCCGAAAUCCACCACCAAAACCAAAGGAAGACAAAGAAGAGCCUGUAGUGAUCCAAACUUCUGCAUUCUCUGGGAAACCUGUUGUAGGGAAGACUAAAAUCCGCACCGAAGGAGGAAAAGGAAGCAUCACGAUAAUGAGGACGAGAGGCUAAGCUAAGCUGAGCUAAGUAAGUAGUACUAAGCUGAUAGGAAGUAUUUUAAGGUUUGAAAUUCACUGCUGAAAACUUUUAAACUUUUUGCCUUAUUCUCAGAAGCCCUUAAAUCCUUUUUGUCGGAUAUAGUUCCAGUCAAGGGCCUUCAUCGGUACAGCGGCUAAAUACUCUUCAAGAUCUUAUUAUGAAUCAUGUUCUUGUUUCUU